CAGUUGUUAAAGAAAAUGACGAGUGGAGCGAGAUUGAGGAAUCUGGCUACACCACUGUAUCGUACCGGUUAUACUUGGCAGAGAACUAAGUUUGGCCUUGAGAAGGUCAUUGAAAGACCUCUGCUGCGUGUAGGUGACUUUAGUCGUGGCACUAGAGGACAGUGGAAGGUGUGCAGGGCUUUGAGUCUCUCAAUUCCUGUACAGUUGGGUGCCUGUGAGGGUAGUUCAUACUCGCUUUCAUUUUCUGACCAGUGGGCCAGCAUUGUAGAUAAGAUGUCGAAGGUAGCACCCAUGCAACUUGGGGCCGCAGAUACCCACACUCAGGUGGACCACAUGGCGGCCCUGGACAUUGACUCCAAACCUUUCUCAAAGCGACUCUCCGGCAUCAUCUGCACCAUUGGACCUGUCUCUCGGUCAGUGGAGAUGCUUGAGAAGAUGAUGGAGGCUGGUAUGAACAUCGCACGUAUGAACUUCUCCCACGGCACCCAUGAAUACCACAGUGAGACUAUGAUGAAUGUCCGCAAGGCAGCCCAGAAGUAUUCCGACAAGAUUGGGCAUUCUUAUCCUGUUGCCAUUGCUCUUGAUACAAAGGGACCUGAAAUUCGUACUGGCCUUUUGGAAGGUGGACCAACAGCUGAAAUUGAAUUGAAAGAUGGUGCCACAAUCAAGUUGACCACAGAUAGCAGUUACUAUGAAAAAUGCUCAGAAGAGAUGCUUUACUUGGACUAUGUCAACAUCACCAAAGUUGUGAAACCUGGCAACCGCAUUUUUAUUGAUGAUGGACUUAUCUCUCUUAUUGCCAAGGAAGUGGGCAGUGAUUCCAUUGAAUGUGAGGUUGAAAAUGGAGGUAUGCUUGGAAGCAAGAAGGGCGUGAACCUCCCAGGUGUUCCAGUAGACCUUCCCGCAGUCUCAGAGAAGGACCGUGGCGAUCUUCUCCUUGGUGUCAAAAUGGGAGUAGACAUUGUGUUUGCAUCCUUCAUCCGUGAUGCAGCUGGAGUCCGUGAGAUCAGGGAAGUCCUUGGUGAAAAGGGCAAGAACAUUAAAAUCAUCAGCAAGAUUGAGAAUCACCAAGGAUGCAAGAACAUUGAUGACAUCAUCGAAGAGGGAGAUGGUAUCAUGAUUGCUCGUGGUGAUUUGGGUAUUGAAAUCCCUGCCGAGAAGGUCUUUGUGGCCCAGAAACAGAUGAUUGCCAAGUGCAACAAAGUUGGAAAGCCAGUCAUUUGUGCUACCCAGAUGUUGGAAUCCAUGGUGAAGAAACCCCGUCCCACUCGUGCUGAAGUGUCUGAUGUGGGUAAUGCUAUCCUUGAUGGUGCUGACUGUGUCAUGCUGUCUGGUGAAACUGCUAAGGGAGGCUACCCUCUUGUUUGUGUGCGAACCAUGGCCAAUAUUGCACGUGAAGCUGAGGCUGCAAUUUGGCACAAGCAACUCUUUACUGAGCUGUCUCAGCAGGUCAAACUGCCCACUGACUCAACACACACCACAGCGAUUGCUGCUGUUGAAGCUUCAUUCAAAGCAAUGGCCACAGCCGUUAUUGUUAUUACCACCACUGGUCGCUCUGCUCAUCUGGUUUCUAAGUACAGGCCUCGCUGCCCAAUUGUGGCUGUAACUCGAUUCCCACAGGUGGCCAGACAGUGCCAUCUCUACCGUGGCAUUAUUCCCAUCCACUACACUGAGGAUGAGAAUGCUGAACGUGUUGAAGACUGGAUGAAUGACGUCAAUGCUCGUGUAGACUAUGCUGUUCAGUAUGGCAAGGAGUGUGGCUUCAUCAAGCCCGGCGACCCUGUUGUGGUGGUGACUGGCUGGCAGAAGGGAGCUGGCUAUACCAAUACCAUGCGCGUCUUGUACGUACAGUAAUUUCUCAGUUAUGGACUUGACAAGGGAUACUAAUUGCUUGUUAAGUUAAGUUACUCAUUGGGAGCCUUAAAGUUUGUUUUAUUGCUGUUCAGAGUGCUUGUACAGCUGUCACAAAUGCUUAUGAUCAAAGUCAAACUCCAUUUUGUGAUGGGUACACUGCAUUACUAAUAAUAUCAAAGGUACUGAAUAAUCUUGUACAUCCACACAUGUCUACGAAACAUAAAGUUGGCUGAAGAAUGGCUAACAAGGCUUCUAAUCAUGUGGGUUAUGGUUUAAGCUGCUAUUCCUGUUGCCUGUAUAUAGUAUGUCUUGAGAAUAUGAAUACACUUAAAACAGCAGGAACUUGCAAUAAGAUUGUUUAAGAUGUUUAGAAAACAUUAGACAAUUCUGAAGUAAAUUUUACUUUUUGUAGGAUAUUGCUCUUAUUUAGUAAAUUUUCUGUUGAUUGAUUCAAUGUUAUUGCAAGUACAUGCUGCCAAGUUUUGUUGUUGGACAGGUAUAUAGAAGAGCUGAGCAAAAAUGGAGUAGAAUGUUUAGAUGAACAGUCAAAUAUGGAUACCUGGGCUGUUAAAGUGUUGCUUGGUGAAUGUACAUGUCUGAGUCAUUCCAUGCAAGUAAGAAGAAAAGAUAAAUAUAGAUCUGUAAAUGUUACAUGGUCUGUGAACCAUACCUAGUCACUUGGGGUAAAAACUCAAGUUAAUAGGAUAUAUUUAUUCUGUCAUUCAAUAAACUGCAAAUUACAAAAUC